CUCUGAAUGUGCAUUGACUAUCGGGCGCUGAAUCGGCCAAUCAUCAAAUCUCGUUACCCAAUCCCACGGGCGGAUGAUCUCCUGGACCAACUUUGCGGGGCUCGCGUCUUCUCCAAGAUUGACCUGCGAUGCGGUUACCAUCAAUUCCGAGUUUUUGCUGAUGACUACCACAAGACGGCGUUAAGAACCCGCUAUGGCAACUACGAGUACACGGUGAUGCCAUUUGGCCUCACAAACGCGCCCUCUAGAUUCCAGCUGACCAUGAAUGGCGUGUUCAGAGAUCUACUCGACAAGUGUGUCAUCGUCUAUCUGGAUGACAUCCUUAUCUUCAACAAGAUACCGGAACAGCACCUCAAAGACCUCGAUACGGUUUAUCAACGGCUGCAGCAGUACCGGCUCAUCACCAAAGGCUCUAUGUGCGAGUUCCUAAUAUCCGAACUAGAAAUUUUGGGACAUGUCGUUGGAGCGGGCGGCAUUAAAAUCGACCUAAAGAAGAUCGCCACCAUCUGCGACUGGAAGCCGCCCACGAGUUUACAGGAGCUGCAGAGUUUUCUUCGGUUCGUUAAUUACGUCCGGUGCUUUAUCCCCAAUAUGGUAGGGACAACCGGACCAUUAACUGCCCUGAUGCGGAAGCGAACUUCAUUUGAGUGGGGGGAGAGACAGCAGGCUGCUUUUGACGAACUCAGAAAUUUUCUGAAGUCACCACUGGUCCUUCGAAUCGCUUAUCUAUCUCGACCGUUCAAAGUCUUGAUGGACGCUAGCGAUUUCGUUAUCGGCGCGGUACUGUUACACGAUUUCGGUGACGAAAUCCAACCAAUCGCAUACCAUUCUAGAAAGAUGCAUGCAGCCGAGCGCAACUACCUCGUCCACGAAAACGAAGUACUCGCCAUCGUGCACGCGUUUAAAGCGUGGCGAAGCUACUUGACAGGAGCCGACGUGACAGUACGGACAGACCCGGCAACUGCCCCAAUCCUGCUCGAUGGGAAGAAUUCCUGCCACCCAUAAAUUUUCAUCUGAACGACCAUUUUGGU